UUUGGCUUUCCUUUUUGCAAUGUUGACUCACCUACCAAGAAAAAGAAAGAGAUGUGUGCGAAUGACGUGUGUCGCCAACUAACCAUACAAUAGAAUAGAGGUUAGAGAGAGUGUGUUCUCCACAGGUUAAGGAACACACACAUACCAUCCUUGUCUUCCAUCUUCUCCUUCUACUUGGACAAUGGAAUCCGUUUUAAGCUUCAACAAGAUGAUAAUGAAGCCACUGGCACCGAAGGGGUUUGCUGAGAGCAACAUAGCAGCAAGGAAGAAGAGUCGCAUGGCGGUGGUUGUGAAAGCAGAGGGUGCGGGUGUUGGUGUUGGAAUCAACCCUGAUAUCAGGAAGACUGAGGAGAAGGUUGUGGACUCUGUUGUUGUCUCUGAACUCUCUAAACCCCUCACUCCCUAUUGCAGAUGUUGGAGAUCAGGAACUUUUCCUCUGUGCGACGGAAGCCAUGUAAAGCAUAACAAGGCCACUGGGGAUAACGUUGGACCUCUGCUUCUGAAAAAGUAGACAAUCUUAGUAUUUGCUUUGAUUUCAGCUUGGUCAUUACCACUUAAAAAUAAAACUACUUUUUGUGUGUAUCAGACUUGACUUUUCAAUGCAGCAAAUAAAAGGUGGCUUCCCUAUUAGUUAA